CUUUAUGCUUUAAAGGCCCCUCCAAAUCAUAUAAGGGAUAGAUAAAUGACAAGCAUAUAUCUACAGGAAUGGAUCAUAAGAAUAGAAGGUUUACAAUCUCAGACCAGCUUAGUCUUUCAUUACUCUGAAGGAAAAACAAGCCUUCUACCCCCCUUUUUUUGUAUAGAAACCAUGGUUUGUAGUACUCACAGGGUGUUUAUCCUCCUUAUUUGCAUUGGAAUAUUAGCAAUUCAACUAGAAAAAGUUUCUGGCCUGAGGAGUAGAGACUUUGUGCUAAGAUGGAGCAAAGAAGAUCAUGGACGUGUACUGAAGAACAAGCGCAUGCUUCGGGCAGUCGUACAAGACCUGAAUACAAUGAAGAAACAGGCACCUGUCAACAAGACAUUUGAUCCGAACCAAUCAAGCAAAAGAAGAGUUCGAAGGGGCUCGGACCCCAUCCACAACAGAUCCUGAUAUGUUCAGGGUGUUUCUUCUGCUACAGAGAGAACAAGAAAGAAGCUGAAACAUGAAAGAAAUAGCUUUAAACACUCCUGAGAAGACUGGAAGGGGUCAGAGUCAGACUAUGCCAGCUUCCUCAGAGGUAUUAUGUGGCUUGGUUGAUUGGUUGUCCUAUUUUGUUUUGAAGGGUUUUACUAUAAAGAGAUUGUGCAUAGUCAGAAACGUAGCAAAGAGCCCCUGAAGACAUUCAGUGAACCUGCAUCACAAACCGAUGUGUCAAGCUGCGGUACAACAUUGAAGAUAGUGCAGGUUACCAAAAACUAAAAAUAUAUCCACCUGCAUUAAGUUUUUGGAACAAAUUCAAAUCUGUUUGCAUCUGUUACUCAAAUUUCUCAGAAGUGUAGUGAAAUUCUUUUGUAUCUUUCCCUCUCUAAGAGAAGUAUCUUCAACAUAAACAUCCUGC